UGGGGAGGCAGCAUUAGACACCAGCACAUCUCUCUCUCUCUCUCUCUCUCUCUCUCUCUCUCUCUCUCUCUCUCUCUCUCCCUCCCUGUCUCUCUCUCUCUCUCUCUCUCUCUCUCACACACACACACACACUCCGCUCCGACUGUCUCCCUCCCGAUCACAUCACAUCAGAUCCGGCUCCGAUCGCUGCUCGUGGUGGGCUUGUGUGAGCAGCAGCGUCCAGCUGAGCCCGUGGCGAAGGAGCACCAGUCACACACGCACUCACACACACACACACACACACACACACACACACACACACACACACACACACACACACACACGCGAACACCGAGCGCGCGCGGGAAGCGGAGUCGAGGACACCGAGCACGAGGUGCGCGCGCGCUCUCCUCGUCUUUCUCGCGGCGUUGGAUGGACGGCUGACCGCUCGGUGAUGCCCAUUUAUAUCAUCGACCGCAAAUUUCCAGAGACCCCUGGUGAGUUGCUACAGGCUGCUCCAGAAGGACAGCGCGCCAUGGCUGACAACAACAUGCAGAAGAAGAAGUCUCGCUGGACGUCGCUGGAGAUCGGCCUCUUGACCAUCGUGUCCCUGCUCUUCAUCGUUGUGGUGGCCCUCAUUGUCCUCUUCGCUACUCAGAGCAGCAGUGGUGGUGUUUGCACUACAGCUGACUGCACACAGUCAGCAUCCCGUCUCAUUGAGAACAUGGACACUUCAGUUGACCCAUGUGAAAACUUCUACCAGUAUGCCUGUGGAGGCUGGCUGAAGAAGAACAUCAUCCCGGAGACCAGCUCACGCUACAGCACCUUUGACAUACUGCGGGAUGAACUGGAAGUGGUGCUCAAAGGAGUGCUGGAGAGAGAGGAUGAUGGGACUGGUGCUGGGAGCAGCGCUUUAGCCAAAGCCAAGACCCUUUACAGGUCGUGCACCAAUGAAAGUCUCAUUGAGCAGAGAGGUGGAACGCCUCUGCUUACAAUGCUGCCAAAUGUCUUUGAGUGGCCCAUAGCAACGGAUGACUGGGACACUGCAUAUGGAACAAGCUGGAGAGCAGAAGACUCCAUAGCCAGACUGAAUGAGAAAUAUGGAAAGCAGGUCUUGAUUAGCUUUUUCAUCGGCACGGACGACAGAGACUCCAACGCCCAUAUCAUUCAUUUCGACCAGCCAAGCCUCGGCCUGCCCUCCCGAGAUUACUACGUCUGCACUGGGCCCUACGAGGAGGCCUGUACCACUUAUGAAAACUUCAUGGUUGACCUCGCUGUGCUAGUCCGGAGAGACAAGGGCUUGGAGGUCAAUGAGAGCAGCAUCAGGCAGGAGGUGACCAGAGUAAUGGCACUGGAGAAAGAACUGGCUAAUGCCACGGACACGCCAGAAGACAGGAACAAUCCUGUUCUGCUCUACAACAAGAUGCCCCUGGAGACCCUCAACACCAACUUCACUCUGGAGUUCGAGUCCACAGUAUUCAACUGGACCCUCUUCACCAAUCAGAUCAUGCAUACGGUCAGCAUUCCCAUUACAGACAGCGAGCAAGUGAUCCUUUACGCCCCCAACUACCUGAAGAAGCUCAGCCAAGUCCUGAGCAAGUACACAAAGAGAGAUAUCCAGAACUACAUGGUGUGGCGGUUUGCCAUGAACAUGGUGGUUGGCUUGAGCAGACCAUACCGAGAUACCAGGAAGGCUUUUAGAAAAGCUAUCUCUGGUACCACCUCAGAGGCAGCAGUGUGGAGACAGUGUGCCAUCUACGUCAACAACAACAUGGAGAACGCAGUGGGCCGGCUGUAUGUAGAGGAGGCCUUCGCCGGAGACAGCAAGGACAUGAUGGAUGAGAUGAUUGCCAACAUCAGAGAGGUGUUUGUGAGUAACCUUCAUGACCUCACCUGGAUGGAUGAUGAAACCAAGAAAUCAGCCGAGGAGAAGGCCCGAGCCAUUCGAGAAAGAAUCGGGUUCUCGGAAAAUAUCAAGAACAAUACGUACUUGGAUGAGGAAUAUAAAGACCUGGGGUACAAAUCAGAAGAGUACUUUGAGAACAUCCUGAAGAAUCUGGAGUUUGGUCAGAAGAAACGGCUGAAGAGGUUGAGGGUGAAAGUGAACAAAGAAGAGUGGAUCUCAGGGGCAGCAGUGGUCAAUGCAUUUUACUCAUCCAGCAGAAACCAAAUAGUAUUUCCUGCCGGAAUCCUUCAGCCUCCUUUCUUUGGUAAAGGCCAGCCUUGGUCCCUCAACUACGGAGGCAUUGGCAUGGUGAUUGGCCACGAGAUCACCCACGGCUUUGACGAUAAUGGGCGUAACUUUGAUAAAGAUGGAGAUCUGAAGGACUGGUGGACUCCAUCCUCCACUCAUAAUUUCCAGGAUCUCUCUAAAUGUAUCGUGGACCAGUACAGCAGCUUCUCCUGGGACCUGGCGAGCGGACAGAAUCUGAAUGGGAAUAACACGCUCGGAGAGAAUAUCGCGGACAACGGGGGCAUUCGCCAAGCUUAUCAAGCAUACCAGAAAUACGUCAACCAGCAUGGGAAGGAAGCUCCAUUGCCUGGACUCGACCUUAACCACGAGCAACUUUUCUUCCUAAACUUUGCCCAGAUUUGGUGUGGGACACAUAGACCGGAACAUGCUGUUAAUUCCAUCAAAACUGAUGUCCACAGUCCAGGGAAGUUCAGGGUUCUAGGGUCCUUGCAGAAUUUCCCAGAGUUUGCCAAAGCUUUCCAGUGCCAGAGAAACGACUACAUGGUGCCUGAAAAGACUUGCCGGGUGUGGUGAUCACUCCCCAUAUUGAGAGAAUGAGAGCCUUCAGUGAGCCCUCAUGGCCCUGACGCCCUCUCUUCUCUCUUCUGACUGUGUGACCGCCCAUGGUCCAGGCUGGAAAUGUUCUCUGAUGUUCUCCACAGGGUACAUAACACUCAACUUCACCAGUGCACUUCAAUCAUGUACAGAAAUGGGACACAGUCUUAGUCUAAUCCUACAUGUAACAGUCUACUUAGUUGAUUUUAGCCAACGAGAUCAUCACAUGAACCGUGGUUCUUGCUGUUUAUGUUAUGGUGAUGUUCUAUCAGAUCUAAAGGCAAUGUAAAGUUAUUUUAAGAUUUAAAGCUAUUCAUGUCAAUAUCAAGUCAAACUGUGAACGGGGGAUAUCAGUAGCAUUUUGUAUGAUAAAUACUUCUACGUAUAGCAACUUUAAUUAUCUUUGGUCAGCUGAUUUAGUAUUAGACACUUCCCAUACAUGAAAUACUUCUCGCACAUGCCAAAAAGGUAAUUUCAUUGGCCUUAAGGUAGAUGAGUACAGCAAAUUUAGCUUAGUUCAUUGAAAUGAGUAUACUCCCACUGUAUACCAACACAGUAGGAUUUAAAUGAGAAAUCAUAUGUGGAUAUAUUUUAUUAGGCUUCAGAAAUGUUGCAUUUAUCAGUGAAUGGCAUGUGAUGCGUUGAAUGUUAAAUGAAUAAUGAUGCAGGUGAACACAGUAUGGAUAUAAACGUUAUUUGAAAAUCAAAGUGAGAAAUUUGGAAGCCCUGAAGAUUUGUAACCAUAUUAGUCUCUUGAUUCUUCAAUUGAUUUAAACAUGCUGGAUGUUUAAUGGUAUAUGUACAUUGCACAGUAUAUGACAUUUGACUUAGAAUUGUAUUUUUUUUUUUUUUCAAAGUACAGUGCUGUGAAAAAUGGCCCCUUCCUGAUUUUCUAUAUUAUUGCAUAUUUGACACGGUGGGUACUUUAAGAUUUUUUUAAGAUUAAGAGACCCUUCUUAGUCCCACAAUGGGGAAAUUCCACCUCCACCUCCCAUCUGUGCAGUGAAACCCCACAUACUAGAGGGCAGUGAGCACACUUGCCCAGGAGCAGUGGACAGCCCUAUCUGCAGGGAGCAGUGUUCCCCCCAGAGAGGAAGGCCAAUUGUGCCUCUAGAACUCCUGGCUUCGGAUAGCUGUAGCAUCACCAGGGAUAGAACUCGCAAUCUCCUGAUGUCAGUGCCAACACUUAAACAGUUGGGCCACUCAGGAGCCAUCAGAGAAUUCUUAAGGAGACUGUCAGUUUAUUUGUCCAUAAGCUGGAACACAAUCAGGUCAUACAGCAAAAAAAAUAUUGAAAACAGAAAAGAAAAUCCACAUCUGAACAGCUGAAAAGAGACAAAAUAAUAUUUAGAAGUGGCCUAGUCAAAGUACUGACUUGAAACUAACAGAGAUGCUGUGACAGAGGAGCAGUUCAUGGAAUUAAAGCAGUUCUGCAAACAAGAGUGGGCUCAAAUUCCACCAUAACUAUCUGAAAGGCUGAUAUCAAAUCUUAGCACUUGUCGGUUGCAGUUAGGUCGAAAGUUUGAACAAGUCCUAAAAAUGUUUUGUGUUUGAAACAAUUCUGUUUGCCUGAUAUCUUUGAUUAAAUAUGCAGCAAUGAAGAACAUCUCAGGUACUUUUUCACAGCAUUGUCACUGAUUUAAAGAGGGAAGGAUAUAUCUAAUAUGCCAAGAUGUAUAGGUAUACACACAGUGUGUGUAUGUGUGAGUGAGAUGUAUGUGUGGUAUCUUUUCCUUUAAUCUGUAUGGUGGCCUUGAUGUAUGCAGGUACGUUUGAGUAUGUGACGAAUCGUUCUUCUACCUAUUGAACAUCAAAGCGAGAAUGCCUUAAGAUAAUCCAGUGCUUUCGCCACAAUGGUUUGUUUCAAAAGUGCAAGCUUCUGUACACAUUCAGCUUCGUCAACAUAAACAACUGCCAUUCAUGCCAAAGACGUUAACAAUUACACUGUCACCCCGUGACCUUGAGGGAUUUCACUGAACCAGAAUGCUAUUUUUGCAACCUCUGGUCCAAAACAGUUCCAUCGUCUGGAGCGCAACCUCACACGCAAUCGCAUAAAAAGUCAAAUAUGGUUAAAAUAGUUUCACUUGUGAUCAGGGGACUGUCUCACAAAGCAUGUUCAACUUGAAAGGGGAGUUUUAGCUUUACAAAUCCUAAUAAAUGCAAAUGCUCUUAACUUGAGCUGCAAUAGCAGUUAACAGCUUUUGGUAACACUUUGCUGAAGGGCAGUGUUUGUUAUGCUACAUGUUACAUACAUAAGCAUGUCAACUAAAAACUGAUUUAGACCCAUUUAACAAUUGCAAAGGCUUAUUUCAAUAUUCUGUCAUAAAGCUGACAUAACACCUACACUAUAUGGCCAAAAAUAUGUGUACACAUUUCUUAAUUAUUGAGUUCAGUUGUUUUAGCCACAGUCAUUGCUAACAGGUGUGUCAAAUCAAGCACAUAGCCAUGCAGUCUCCAUAGACAAACACUGGCAGUAGAAUGGGUCAUACAGAGGAGCAUCAUCAUGUAAGCAACAUCAGCAUAAGAAGCUUCAUGAAAUGGGUUUUAUGGCUGAACAGCUGCACACAAGCUUAAGAAUGCUAUGUACAAUGCUAAGCGUCGGCUGGGGUGGUGUAAAUCAUGCUGUCACUGGAUGCUGGAACGGUAGAAAUGUGCGCUCUGGAGUGAUUAAUCACGCUUCACUAUCUGGCUGUCUGAUGGAUGAAUCUGAGUUUGGCACUUGCCAGGAGAACACUAUCUACCAGAAUGCAUAAUGCCAACAGUAAAGUUUGGUGGAGGAGGGAUAAUGGGCUGGGGCUAUUUUUCAGGGUUUGGGCCCCUUAGUUCCAGUGAAGGGUGAUGUUAAUGUUAAUGGAGCAGCACACAAAGACAUUUCAGGAAAUUACAAGCUUCAAUUUGGUGGCAGCAGUUUGGGGAAGAUCCUUUCCUGUUCCAGCAUGACUGUAAUAUAGUAAUUCACUAUAAUUACAAAGCUGAUGAUGUAAUAUUACUUUAAUUCAACUUUUGUUGACAAAGAAAAUAAAAACAAAAAGUGGCCUGAAACAUGACCAAAGCAGUCCAUCUCCAUCACAAGGCUGUCCUUGCUUGGUCAAGAGCUCACACCUGAUUGGUCCAGGAGCUGUUUAUGAUCUGAAAUCUUAAACUUGGUGGGCCCUGAAGCAGGUUAGGCAGUCAAUAAUAAGUUGCCAUGAUAAGUUGCCAUGGUGAUGUAGCCCAGUUAAAAGUAAUCCAUCUCUUCUGUUGUGAGACAGAAGAUCCAGGGUUAGAUCGAACUAGGCUCAAAAGUAGCUGGCAAAACAUGAAAUCCUGCUUUGUGAGACAGGCCCCAGGUACGGCUAACUUACUUGUCUUGCUUGAGUUGUAUGAGAUGCAUACUUCGCUUAUGAGUUGUACCUAGAUGUAUAUUUUCUUCCCCUCUGUGCAGUCAUUGGGGUUCUGUUGAAGGGAAGCUAUGAAUCAGUAACCACUGGAUUUGUCAACCAGGAACAAAACAAAAAAAAAAAAACAACCACAAAAGCUACUCUUUUUUCUGUUUGCAUUUGUUCAUUUAUUUACAUACAGACACCUCAAGGGCCUUCAUGUUGUUCAGUUCAUUUAGCUUCCAUUCAUUUAGCCUUGAGUCAUGUAACACUUGAGUCUGACGAAAUCCAUCUCAACUUGUCCACACGCAGACAGAUAUACCUCAGAUGCCUGUAUUUAGAUACUUUGUAAUAAUAAGCAUCUUCAAGAAGAGAAAUUUGUUUUAAUAAUAAAUCAUUAUUGCAAAA